CCCCACAGCGCAUCAGCCAUGGCCUCCCAGAUCCGUCAGAAUUACUCCACCGAAGUGGAAGCCGCCAUGAACUGCCUGGUCAACCUGCACCUGCGGGCUUCCUACACCUACCUCUCUCUGGGCUACUAUUUUGAUCGGGAUGACGUGGCUCUGGACGGUGUAGGCUACUUCUUCCGCGAAUUGGCCGAGGAGAAACGCGAGGAUGCAGAGUGUCUCCUCAAAUUUCAGAACGACCACGGGGGCUGCGCACUCUUCCAGGAUGUGCAGAAACCAUCUCAAGAUGAGUGGGGUAAGACCCAGGAAGCCAUGGAAGCUGCCUUGGCCCUGGAGAAGAACCUGAACCAGGCUUUCUUGGAUCUUCAUUCCCUGGGUUCUGGUCGCACAGAUCCUCAUCUCUGUGACUUCCUGGAAAGCCACUUCCUGGAUAAGGAGGUGAAGCUCCUCAAGAAGAUGGGCAACCACCUGACCAACAUCCUUAGGGUGGCGGCGGCCCAGCCAGCGCAGACUGGUGCGCCCCAGCCGGCUCUGGGCGAGGGCUCCCUCUGCUCUGCACCAGCCAGCCUCAGGACCUUCACCCGAACCUCUCAAGCCACUAGGCAGCUUUGUAACCGCCCUGGAGCCCCUCCCAGGUCUUGGACCAAGUGA